AUGUGUAACCAGUCCUUCCACUUCUCCAAGGAGUUCAUCGGCAAGCUCAAGGGCAUGGUCAAUGGUGGCGACCCCAGCCGUCAAGUGAGCACAUUCUUGAGCGUCCUCACCCACAUGUGGAAGAAGACGACCUUUGCGCGCAAGCUUCCUGACGAUGAGAUGACCCAAGUCAAACUUGUUGUCAACGGCCGGCAGAGGAUUAGGCCCCCCGUGCCACCGGAGUACUAUGGCAACCUUGUGCUCUGGGCCUAUCCAAAACUCACGGCUGGAGAGGUACUCUGGGUGAGCUACUCCCACGUGGCACAGGUGAUCCGCAAGGCAGUGAACAAGGUGGACGACAGCUACUUCAAGUCAUUCAUCGACUUCGGGGAGCAACUUAAAGGGGAGGGAGGCGCAGAGAUUGCCGCGACCAUGCCUAUGGUGGGCGACUUUCUAAACCUCGGCAUCAAGUUCAAUAGUUGGUUGAGCCUCCAAUUCCAUGAGUUGGAUUUCGGCGGAGGAUAA